GGGAAAAGUCAUUCGAAUUCACUGUAGAAAAUCAUAAAAAUUAUAUAAUCAAAUACCUAGUUAAAACGGAAGGAAAUAAAACCGCUAUACUUGAAAUAUCUAACAUAACUGUAGCUUAAAGAAAAUCUAAACCAGUAAAGAGAUCUGGUGGAAUUGCUAAAACUAAAACUGUAGUUAAGCCUGAUAUAGUAAUAACUUUUGUCAAAAAGGAGAGACAAGUUCCACUUAACGGUAGAAACAUGCACUGCGCAAACAUAGAAGCUUUUUUGAAAUCUUCGACUGCGACGCCUAUUCGAAGCCAUGAUGGAUUCGCCUAUACGUGUUGCUUUUGUAGUGAUCGCUAUGUAUAUCCAGCCGAUUUGAAAUCUAACACAUUGAUGACUCACAAUAAUGACCGCGAUAUACAAGAGUACUUGAAGAAACAACGGCCCGACGCUUUCUUAAUGAAGCUCGAUAUAACGCAAUUGAAAUGUACAGAAUUUGACGAAAACCUCGACACAGCAGACGCAUUGUUAAGCCAUUUGCAGAACGUGCACAGAAGGCUUAUCUUCACGGCUGUGAAGAACGAGAUCAUUCCAAUAAAAUUUGGCGGUGAGGAACUGCAAUGUGCCAUAUGCCCUCUUGUCUUCCACAAAUACAAAAUCCUUUUAGAGCUCAUGCAUACGCAUUACAGGAACCAUGUGUGUGAGGUUUGCGACGUCGCUUUUAUGAAUCGGAAGGCGAUGUACGAAUACAGGGACAUUCAUGAAACAGGCACUUUCGAAUGUGAUACAUGCAACAAAGUCUUCGAAACGUUACAGAGGAAUCAUGUUAAACUUGUCCACAAAUUUAUGAAUAUGCCCACCAAAAGCGGCGUAUGCAAUCAGAGAUUUAAAAGCACCCGAACGAAAGAUCAACACAUGGCUACCGCGCAUGGAAUGUCGCCUGUGAUUCGUUUCCAUCAUCAGUCGAUCAUCAAAAGGGAAAUAAGUAACGAUGAUAAGAAGAAACAUACCAAUGAUAAAGCCAAGAAAAUAGUUAAGUCUGAAGGGAAAAAAACCGCUCUAGGCAAAACACCUAACACAAACAUAACGAUAGUUAAAGGACCGUAUAAAAAGGCAGAGAAGAAGCCUGCACCGGUUACCGAAAAGCACAGGCAUUAUAAAAAUUUGGAAGUUUUAUUAGCAUAUUCGAAUGCAACACCUAUUCGGAACCAUGACGGAUUCGCCUAUAUGUGUUGCUUCUGUUCGAAUAACUUUGUAAACCCAAGAGAUUUAAAAACGCAUACAUUAAUGACACACAAUAACAGUAAUGAUAUACGCGAUUUUAUGCAAAAGCAACGACCCUCUGCUUUCUUACUCAAGCUUGAUAUAACCCAAUUGAAGUGUAAAGUAUGUGAUGAUAGCAUUGACACAGUUGACGGAUUAUUUGACCAUUUGCAAAACGAGCAUAAGAAGCUUCUCUAUACGGAUGUGAAGAAUCAAAUUAUACCAUUUAAAUUUGGAGGGGAGGAACUCCAGUGUGCAAUGUGUCCGCUUCUCUUCAACAAAUACAAAGUCCUCCUAGAACAUAUGCAUACGCAUUACAGAAAUUAUGUGUGUGAAGUUUGCGACGGUGGAUUCAUUAGUCGCAGGGCUAUGAUCAACCAUAAAGAAUCCCAUAAAAAGGGCUCCUUCGAAUGCAGCAAGUGCGAUAAAGUCUUCGACAACAUCCUUAGGAGGAGAACGCAUAUGAAUGCUGUCCAUAAAUUUAAGAACAGACCGAAUAAAUGCGGGGUAUGCAAUGAAAGGUUCAAGAGCACCCCGAUGAAGGACCAGCAUAUGAUCAACGUGCAUGGAAUGUCGCCGGUAAUUCGCAAGUGUCUCGCGUGUGACAAAACCUUCACGAACCAACAUUCCUUGCGGAUACACACGAAGAAAUAUCACCUGAUGGAGAGGAAUCAUCAAUGCACGGAGUGCGAAAAGAACUUCUUUACCGGAGCGCAGUUGCAGAUACACAUGCUGAAGCACACGGGCAAGAAAGAUUUCCAAUGUGACUUCUGCUACAAGUGGUUUUCAAGGAAAACAGUUUUGACUACACACAUGCGAAUCCACACGAACGAUAGACGGUUCACAUGUUUGCAGUGUGGACGUGGAUUUAUACAGAAGUGUAGCUGGCGAGGUCACAUGCGUUCUGUACAUGGAGAGUUGGACGAUCAGGCAAUGUCUACGAUUUAAUUAAGAGACACAUAAUUGCUGUUUACAAUAUACCGAUAGCGAAUUGAAUUUAGUUGAUGUUAGUCAUCUUCUUUAUAAUAUUUAUUAACUUAAAGACCUGAUAACUGAUAUAGGCGUUUAUGUCACCAAUUAAGGGUUUUAAAAAGGUCAAAUUGAAAGAUAACAGGAAAAUAUUAUUAGUAAAAACUUCUAAAUACAUUACGGUUUAGAGUGAUGUGCUCAAAUGAGUAAAAUUAACAUAAGAAAUACAUUUUAAAAAUGUAACUUAUGUAUUAAG